UCCCGGGGAGAGGAGUUGGAGCAGUACGAGUUAAAGUUGGGCUAAAAUUGGGCGAGAGGAUGCUGCAGAAGAAUCUACGGUCUAAUUAACAUAGCCUAUGCGGACAAACGUGCUCUAAGUGAAGGAUGACUUGCAAAAUACUGAGCAUAUGCCUCUUGUUUUUGGGUUUUCAACAUUGCUCAUCACGAGAAUGUGUUGAUCCACUCGUCUCUGGGCUCUAUGCCUCCUCCUUCCUGGCCUCUUCCAGAUAUAAUUUUCUCUACUCUGCCAAUUUUGCCAAGUUAUAUGGCAGCAGUGGUUGGUCCCCUUCCCCCAGGGACAGACAACCAUGGCUGCAGGUAGACCUGGGCAGGAAGUAUCGAUUAAUGGCAAUCGCCACCCAGGGGACCUUCAACUCAUUUGACUGGGUCACCAAGUACACCCUUCUCUAUGGAGACCGGCCAGAUUCCUGGACGCCGUACAUCAUGAAAGGAGGCAACUCUACAAUGCCUGGUAACUGGAAUUAUUAUCAGGUGAAGAGGAAUGUCUUCCAUUACGCCUUUACUGCUAAACACAUUCGUCUGUUGCCUCUGGCGUGGAACACAGAAAACGGAGGGAAGAUUGGUGUGAGACUGGAGCUCUUUGGAUGCUCUUACGAUUCUUAUGUGCUACAAUAUAAUGGAGAUGACUCAGUGGUCUACAUGUACCCUGAAAAAAGUUCCCGUACACUUCAUGACCACAUUGCCAUAAACUUUAAGACUCUGGAACAGGAUGGUCUGUUGUUGCACAGUGAGGGGAUUCAAGGGGAUCUCUUCACCUUGGAGCUGAAAAAAGGCCGUCUCUACCUUCACAUCAGCCUUGGAAGCAGCGUUGUACACAAAGUUAAUGGUCGAACCACGCUGACUGCAGGAAGCCUCCUUGAUAAUCUGCACUGGCACUAUGUCACUAUCAAGCGCUACGGUCGACAGGUCAACUUCACAGUGGACAGUCAGACAGUGACAGCGAUUUGUAAUGGAGAAUUUACUCAGCUGGAUCUAGAUACACAGAUGUAUGUAGGAGGAGUAAUAGAGAAGAACAUGCCUCACCUCCCUACCACACCAAAUUUCCGAGGCUGCUUGGAAAAUGUCUUCAUUAACGGCAUCAAUAUCAUCGAUAAAGCUAAGAGAGAAGAACCUGACAUCCGCAUUCCGCGAAAGAAAAAGAUGCACUUUGCCUGCCGUGACAUUCUCCUCAAGCCAAUGACUUUUGCUGGACCCAACAACUACCUGCAAGUGCCGGGCUUCUUCAGGAGGCCUCGCAUGUUUGUUAAAUUCAAGUUCCGCUCUUGGGACUACACGGGCCUGCUGAUGUUUACACGCUUUGCUGAUGACCUGGGUGCCCUGGAGCUGGGUCUAAGUGAAGGUCAGAUCAAUGUGACUAUAUUCCAGCCAGGCAAGAAGAAACUCCAGUUUGCUGCAGGAUACAGGCUAAAUGAUGGUUACUGGCAUUCAGUGGAUUUAGCAGCCAGGGACAACUUGCUAACUCUCACUAUUGAUGAGGAAGAGGCCUCACCGCUCAAGAUCACCAACCCCUUCACCAUCCGAACUGGGGACCGCUACUUCUUUGGAGGUUGCCCAAAAACCAACAACACAAUAAGGAAAUGUGAAACCAAGCUGAAUCGCUUUCAUGGCUGCAUGCAACACAUAUUUAUAGACAAUGAACAGCUUGAUAUUGACAUCAUUCUACAGCGACAGUGGGGGAGAUAUGCUGAGCUGUUAUUGGGUACCUGUGGGAUCACUGACAGAUGUACUCCAAAUCCAUGUGAACAUGAAGGAAGAUGCAUUCAGUCUUGGGAUGACUUCAUCUGCCUGUGUGAGAAUACAGGCUAUAAAGGAGAAGUGUGUCACAUGUCGGUUUAUAAAGAAUCAUGCGAGGCCUACAGACUGAGCGGAAAGUAUUGGUCUGGAAACUACACCAUCGAUCCUGAUCUCAGUGGGCCACUCAAACCGUUUGAAGUGUACUGCAAAAUGAAGUCUUAUAAAGCUUGGACAGUAAUUAUGCAUGAUCGAGUUGAGGGUACUAAGGUGUUUGGGAGCUCAAUAUACCAGCCCUAUAUAGGAGACGUCAACUACUGGAAUGCCUCCUGGGAUGAAGUGACUGCACUUGCAAACACCUCAAUGUAUUGUGAGCAAUGGAUUGAUUACUCUUGCUAUAAGUCUCGUCUCCUCAACACCCCCAGUGGAAGACCUUUUGGCUACUGGAUUGGUCGCAACAAUGAGAGUCACUAUUACUGGGGUGGGACAUUCAGAGAAGUCCAAAAAUGUGGAUGUGCUAUCAAUCAAACUUGCGUUGACCCCAAGUUUCAGUGCAACUGUGAUGCAGAUUAUAGACAAUGGUAUUCAGAUAAGGGAUAUUUGGACUUCAGAGACCAUUUACCAGUGAGGAGGGUGGUGGUGGGGGACACCAACAGGACUGGCUCACAAGCACACUUCACUGUUGGGCCUCUUCGCUGCCAUGGCGACAGAAACAUCUGGAACACAAUUGCCUUUACUAAGCCUACCUACAUAACCUUCCCCACUUUAAGGCCAGGAACGACCAUUGACAUCUCUUUCCACUUCAAAACUUAUCGUGGCAAUUGUGUUUUCUUGGAGAACUCUGAUGAACACCUUAAAAACUUUAUAAGAGUAGAGCUCAACACUACCCACAAUCUUGCAUUAGUGUUCAUGGUUGGAGAUGGCAUCCUUAAUGUGACCCUAAACUCUCCUGUGCCUCUCAAUGACAACGAGUGGCAUUUUGUACAGGCUGAGCUUAAUGUGAAAGUGGCUCGGAUCAAGGUUGAUUAUCAGCCUUGGACUGUCAAACGCCUCCCAGGUCAGACCUUUGUCACCAUGCAGUUUACACAUCCUCUCCUUGUAGGUGCAGCCAACCGCACCCUAAGACCUUUCUUAGGGUGCCUUCGAGGGCUACGUGUGAAUGGUGUUCCUCUUGAUUUGGAGGGGAAAGUAAAUGAGGAACAGGGUGUAAGAAGAAACUGCACUGGACAAUGUCUCAAUGCCACCAUACCAUGUCGAAACAGCGGGCAGUGUAUUGAGGGAUAUGCCUCCUACACUUGUGACUGUAACAACACAGCCUUCGAUGGCUUCUACUGCCAUAAAGACAUUGGAGCGUACUUUGAGAUUGGAUCAUGGCUGCGGUACAACAUACGAAAGAAACCCAUAUCAGAUGAGGCAGCCUGGGCAAACUGGAUCGACCCGCACUAUGACAACUUCAGUCUUGGCUACAAUGACACAGCAGACGACAUAGAGUUCAGUUUCAGCACUGUUCACGCUCCAGCUGUGUUACUCUACAUCAGCUCCUUCGUUCAAGACUACAUCGCUGUGAUCCUCAAGACUGAUGGUAGUGUAGAUCUGAGGUAUAAGCUGGGGCUCAUAACACACAAGUACCAGCUGACUCACCGAAACCUGGCAGAUGGAUUUCCUCACUAUGUCAAUAUAACUAGACACAACAGAACCAUCAAAACACAGGUGGAUUACAUGGAACCUAUAGUGGAGAAGAUAACAUUGGUGGAAGAUGCCAGGUUUGAUUCUCCGAAGUCCAUGUUCCUGGGCAGAGUAAUGGAGGUUGGUGAUAUUGACUAUGAGAUCCAGAGGCAUAAUGCUCCAGGCUUUAUUGGCUGCAUAUCGGGGGUGAGAUACAAUGUCUACGCCCCUCUAAAGGCCUUUUUCCGUCCAAAUGAAACAGACCCUCCAGUAACAACACAAGGCUAUGUCUCUGAGUCCAUCUGUGGGGCCUUCCCUCCUGUCCUGGGUUAUGUACCUUGGGAGGUAGACCCCUGGUUUACCAGUAUUGAAUAUUUUUAUAUCCACGACGACCUAGGUCUGUUUUGGAUAACAGUUAUCGUCAUCCUGGCUAUGCUGCUGCUCUUUGGAGGCCUGUACAGCAUCUACGUCUAUGCUUACCAGCAGAAGGGCAGUUAUCACACAAAUGAACCCAAAAAUUUGGAGUCUCCCAGCAGCUCCAGGCCGUUGACCGAGACCCUGAGAAGAGAAAAAAAGCAUCUCCCUGAAAUUGAAGAGGAGUUCAGGAGUGGCUAACAUCAUGGGACCUAUGGGACUUGGGUGGGGAUUUGACUUGGGCGGAGGGUUGGAAAAAAGGGAAAUGCACUUACAAAAACCACAAAUACCUGUAGUAAGUUUUCUAAUUCUUUUUUUUUUUUUAAAUGUUUUCAUUUGUGUUCCUUUACCCGGUUGAGUGGGAUAUGAUGCCUGGUGCUCUACUUAACAAAGUAUGUAUUUUGGUUGUAGUUUUGCUGGGUUUAAAGUUAAAAUCAAGCCCCGUGUUUCAAGAGUAGCCAACAAUUCUCACACUGUAUUGCAGGGUGAAAUACUGAAGUGCCUCAUCUGAGCAAGCUUGAUCUGAAAGCAUAUAGCUUAUUCAGUGAAAGUUUAGAUUAGACACUGUGGGAAACAAAAGGGUUUUAAUGGAAGUUUAAUUGGGACAUCGGUUUCAAGUAAUCAGGAUUAUAUUGAUUCAUUUCUUUUCUGAGCCAUUUUUGAGACCAAUUACAGCUUUCUGUAUAGAUUUAUCGCCAUUUAAAAUAUACCUUUUGACGACAAUCUCUCAUUGAGCCAUUUUUGAAACCAUAGCUUGUAAUCUGUCUUGUAUUUAAAUAGUGAACACAUCAAAGUGCUGGUGGACUAAAUCAGUGCAAUGAAAAUCUAAAUGUGAGAAACAAAACUAGUGUUCAUAAACAAAAACUACAACUGGAGAGAGAACAUACUGAUUAGCAUGGAGCUUUACGCUUUGAGAUGAUACAUGUUAAGAUUGUAAAAGGUAUAUAUGCUUAUAUUUGUUGUAUUGCAGCCUAUAACAAUGCAUCACCUAUACAGAAUGGCACAUAUAAAUGGCUCAGAAACGUCAUAGUGUCAGUAGAUAGCAGCUUUGCCGAAUAGUAUGCUCAGAUUCACAAUACGUUCUCAACCACGGGGCUUUGGAAGCGAGAAUGUGAUGAUUUUAUGAUACAAUACUUCUGAGUAUGAAAGCUAGCAUAGAGUUGGUGUAAUGCAGAAUAAAAACAAAAGUCAAAAUUACAAAAAUGCCAGGGACAGAGUGACCUAAACAUCUGAGUUCUCACUCCUUCUGUCUUAAAUCUGGUUGCUUAUAUUUUGGUCAAGUUGCCAUCGGCUUGGUGCUACAGAGUUUUUCAAUCAGCAGACAUCUCUUCUGACAGAACAACAACAAAAAAAGAAAAUAAGAAGAAAAAUCCGUCCUUCCAAAAUCCUUUCAUCUUUAGUAAUAAACACAUUUCAGGGAACAGCUGCUCCUAUUGCCAUAUGGGAAGCAUACAUAACACACCUACACACACUAAAACAAAUGUACAGCGGACCACAAGAGUGUAAAUGCUAAUAUUUAAUUUCUGACACUGCUAGAAUAUUUUUGCAUAUAGUUUUGUAGGACUGUAGCUGAUCACAACGUCAUCGCUGCUGCUUGUUUAGCUGCUUUCAGUGACAAGUUCAAAAUCCUUCCAACAGCCCAAUGAAAUUUUCUUCGCUGGUAAGAAGAAAUUUAAUUUGAUGUGUGGUGUGGUGCAGCCAAAGCUUAGGGCUAUCAUUACACACUGCAGCUCUUCCUGACACUAAAGCACUGUUGUGUUUGUGAAAAAAAAGUAAAAAAAUAAUACAUUUGCAACAUAUUAGCUAUGCAUUUGUAGAGCAUGAGCGCACUUUGCAAUAACAUGCAAUAAUAUGAGCUUCUUUCAGCAGCCAGUGAUGUUAAUGUCUUGGAUUAAUUUGCAAAUGUAUGAUAGCAAGUAGGAUGUAAUGAGUGUAUACGUGAAUAUUAUGAAUAAUGUGUUGAGCGACUUUUGUUUUUGAUUUGUAGGGUUUAUAUGAAGCAGGCCAAAUGGAGUGCUUUGAAUGUAAAGUCUUUAACUCUGUAAUGUAUGAGCAGACACUACAGUGAAGACCUAUUGUGAAGUUUUGAUUGUAGACUGCUUAGCAUUGGAAGUAUCUCUCAUAACAGCUUUUUAGAUUGCUCAGGAUAAAGAAAGCACAGUACUUGCUCUCUGUGGCACUCAUACACCUCCAGAAUUCAACACUGUUGGUUCUCUUCCAUUACAGAUGGGCAGGACUGUGCAAAAUUGUACAGUGAAAGGAUGUACAGUAGAUGUAAAAACUGCAAUUACCAUAAAGGCCAAUAAUGUAUGAACCUGUACAGAUUUGUCCAAAACAGGGAUUUACAGGCUAUAUUUUUAAGAAUGUACUAUAAUAAGAUGAAUGACCGUGAAAGAAGAGCAAACAGAGUGAAACUGGUGGUAUGUGAUUGAUGAGAAAACAGUGAUUUGUGUUUUUGUUAUAUGGACAAUCGCCACUAAAAGUUUGUAUUAGACAUAACAAACUUGGGUCAGAUACGCUUUGUUGCCUACUAGGAAAAAGUCGACUUCUAUAUUUAUUAUAUAAAUGUAUACACAUCACUGUAUUUGUUGGUUAAUGGAUUAUAAAAUGUUCAGCUUAGCAGUGUGACAUUAUUGCAACUAACAAGACGAUUUGUGUGUGGUCCCUGGAGUGUAUGUUGGUGUGACUGGAUGUUUUGAUGCCUGUGCUCUCAUAGUUUAACCACCAAAAAAACAACCUAAUGUUAAAUAAAGUCAAAUGUGCACUGAUGCCAACUAUUCAACACACUUUAUUAACACUAGCACAAAACAGGUUUGGUGUUAUUCAUUAAGGAUUUAUAGAUGGACUACGAUAAAAUGGCCAGUAGAGGGAGUUAGUCAGCAGGAUGUUGGCUCAGACAGGGUAUCUGGUAAAUCUUUCAAACAUGAGACUAACUGAGCACUGAUAAAUGCUUCCUGGGGUUAAAUCUUACAUCAACAAGACAGAAAGAGCAUUUUUAAGUGCUAUAGUUCUUUUUUAUGUUUAUGUAUAGACACUUUAAAACCUACAAAAAGCAGCAUAGUAAAUCUGCAGACACCCUGUCAGUGGGGAUACAGUAUGUGUGAAGCCGGAUGAGAAAGCACCAGAAUGAGCAGUAGGUGAGUUAGACCAGCUCAGACUUCUCUGCACCACCAUACAAAGCCCUUUUUGGAACAAAUACUACAAAUGAAAAAAAGAUGUGUUUUUGAUCACAUAAAUUCUUGGGAUUUUUUUCUGUUCUUGUAAUAAUUUCACUGUAAAUGACCCUUACUGUGUAAAUCAAGGCAAAGCCAAUCUGUCAUCUCAAUAAAAGAAGCUUGA